AUGUUUCAUUAUCUGUCAGGUGCAAACAAAGUUUCAGCAUUAAAUCCAUCUUCAUCAUUGCAAAAUCGAGAGUUGAGGGAUGUUGAAAAAUUCAAAAACUUCAUACCAGAUGGCAUUGUGAAGAGUGAUGUUGCUAGUGAGGAUUAUGACAAGGAGGAAAUGGAAUAUGGUGGGAUGAGUCAUUCCAAGGAGGAGAACCGGGAUCGUCGAGAUUCCAGAGAGGGCAGUUCUUCUAGUGAUGUGGAAGCCGUUGAUGUCAUCAACAAUGUCACCAACGUCAAUAACAUCUCUAAUAAGAAGAACAAUGUCUUUGACAAAAAUAACAUCGGUAGUGAAAACAUCAACAACGACAACACUAAUUACAACAAUGACUUUACUAACAACAACAUUUCUAGUUUCAGUGAUAACGACAGGAGCAAUAGCAACAGCUCCACUAUGGUUAACAAUAAUAACCUUAUAAACAAUAACAACACACAACACUACAACAACAACAUCAACAACAUCAACAACAACAUCAACAACAACAACAACAUCAACCACAACAUCAACAACAAUGCAGCAACAACAUUGGCAGCAAACACAUCAACUACACCAAAAGUUGGCGAACUAGAAAUUUCAUCAACAACAACAGCCACGACAACAUCAACAACAAUACCGCCAUCGUUAUCAUCAGCGACAACGGCGUCUGCAGCAUUAGAAACAUCAUCUUUAACAUUGUUGUCAACGACAGCAUCUACUGAAGCGACAACAUCGACGACAACAUCAACAACAACUACAACAUCAAUGCCAUGGUCUGUUUCAGCAGGCAACACAACAAUAUUGAGACAUCCAAACAACAACAUUACGUUGUACGCAAGCAUUUCGGUGCAUGGAGUUAAUGUUAGCGCAGAUGAUUACAAGUUUCAGUGGAUGAUGGUUUCGUCGUCACCGCCCAACCAGCAGUCGGGCCAGAUGAUUGACAUGAGUACAUCAUCACUCAAGCUCAUCACGUUACAAGUGGGCAACUACACAUUCAAAGUGACUGCAAUGAAAGAACAAGAUGCGAGGGAAGCUCUCGUCCAUGUUGUUGUUCUACCACGUUAG